GUCGCAUGGCAGACGCGUCCGCGAACGGGGAGCGCCGGAACGAAACGAAACGGAACGUAGCGGGAGUGAACGCGAGUGAGAAAGCGAGUGAGCGAGAGAGUGAGUGUGAGUGAGAGAGAGAGAGAGAGUGUGUGCACCUGCCGACCGGUCGGGCAGACUGAGCGACUCUCGAUAACGGCGCUGUUGCAGACAAGCUCACCCGCCGCCAGCCCGACGCCCGUGGUGAACCCCGCCAGCCCUUCACCCCUCGGGCUCACCGGGAAUGCGAGGAGGGGCGCGCGCAGAGGAACACCCCGAGGCGUCCCCAGGGGGUGUUCCCGGGCGUGGUGGGGCCGGGCGGGCAAGGCCCUCCUGCAGCUCCUGGGCGCGCGCGACCACCGCCACCAGCAUCGCCACCAGCACCAGCACCACCAUGAGCGCGACGCUAUGAGGCCGGGGCCGUAGGCCGGGGCCUUAGGCCGGGGCCAUGGCUCGGAGCGCGCUCCUCCCGUGCCUCCUGCUCUGCAUCACCGCGGGCGUGGUGCAGUGCACGCACCAUGGCACCCGCUGGGCGAGCGCGGAGAUGGAAGCAAUGGACGAGCGCCACGACGCCGAGAUCUUCCGCGCCGUCGUCACGUCCAUGGCCGAGUGGCACCUCAAGAAGCUCUCAAACAGGAGAAAGAGGGCCGCCGAUGCAUCGGUAUGCUACCCGGAGGUGGGGUGCUUCCAGGACUCGGGACCCUUCGGCUACCUGGACAUGCUGCCGUCGCCGCCCGAGGAGGUGGACACCCACUUCCUGCUCUACUCUAGACGCAACAGGGGGGACGUGCCGCUCGCCGACGUCCCAUUCGCCAACCUCUCCAGCGUCUGGGCAGACGCGGCGCGCCGCUUCAACGCCUCCUCGCCGACAAAGGUGAUCGUGCACGGCUUCGGCAGCUCGUGCUCGCAUGUGUGGGUGUACGAGAUGCGGUCCGCGCUCAUGGCCGUCGAGGACUGCAACGUGAUCUGCGUGGACUGGGAGCGCGGCGCCACCAUCCCCAACUACGUUCGCGCGGCGGCCAACACUCGCAUGGUGGGCAAGCAGGUGGCGCUGCUGCUGGCCGGGCUGCAGAAGCACGCCGGGCUGCCCGUGCACCGCGUGCACGUCAUCGGCUUCUCGCUCGGAGCGCACGUCGCGGGCUUCGCCGGCGCCGAGCUCAAGAACCUCAGCAGGAUCACAGGCCUGGACCCCGCGGGGCCGCUGUUCGAGUCGCAGGACCCGCGCGCUCGCCUCGACGCCACGGACGCCAACUUCGUGGACGUGAUCCACAGCAACGGCGAGAACCUGAUCCUGGGCGGCCUGGGCACGCGGCAGCCCCUCGGCCACGUCGACUUCUACCCCAACGGCGGCAGGAUGCAGAAGGGCUGCGCCAACCUGUUUGUGGGCGCCGUGUCCGACAUCCUGUGGUCCGCCUCCGAGAACGAGGCCCGCAGCCUGUGCAACCACCGGCGCGCCUACAAGUUCUUCACGGACUCGGUGUCGCCGCGCUGCCACUUCCCCGCCGCGGCCUGCGACUCGUACGACAGCUUCCUGCAGGGCCGCUGCUUCCCCUGCGACCCGCCCAGCCGGCCCUGCGGCAACAUGGGCUACUACGCGGACCGCGCGCUGGCCAGGGGCGCGCUCUUCCUUGUCACUCGCGACGAGGAGCCCUUCUGCGCUCACCAGUACCACGUGCGCGUCGAGAGCUCCCCUAGCGUGCUGCCUGUCGUGAGCUACGGCCGCAUCCAGAUCACCCUCAUCGGUGACUCUGAUUUCAACGAGACCUUCACCCUCACGCAGAAGGACGACGAGCAGCUGCAGGUGGGCGGGUCGCUGUCGCGCAUGGUGGUGCCGCACCCCGUGAUGCAGGAGCCGCGCGGCGUGCAGCUGCUGUACACGGCGUACUCGGGCUGGAUCAGCUCGGGCCUCGCCCGCUGGUCCAUCGACAAGGUCACGCUCAGCGACAGCUUCGGCAAGAGCUCCUCGGUGUGCAAGAAGGACCUGGUGCUGGAGUCGGGCGUCCCCGUGACGCUGCCGCUGUUCGCCGGCGAGUGCAACCCGCCCCGCGAGACCGUCUCCGCGCAGCUCCAGGUGUCCGGGACAGGCGGGCCGUCGUCUGACACCAACGAAGUGUCGUCGUCCGUGCUGGGGCAGGCCCCGGCGCAGGCCCAGCUCGGGCAGGGCGUGGUGCAGAGCGCGGGGCUGCACCCGGGCUUCAACCUCACGGCGCUGCUCAUGAACCGCAACACGACGCGCUUCGUCCCGACCCAGGUCGUGCACGUGGGCGACGAGGGGCUGAACGGCACGUCCACAGACACGUCCACCGACCCGUCGACGGAGCACGCCGAGGAGGACGCGCUGCUCGACCUGCUGGACGCGACGGGUCCAGCGUGGCAGCCGCUCCUGGACGACCUCCCGGAGACCACCAACAACGGGCUCGACAGCGCUACGCGCAACCGGGACGACGCGCGCGCCUUCGACGACCAGCAGCAGGUGGGCGUCACGACGCUGCAGCCGCUGAACGGCACGGACCGCGAGGAUGCCACCGAGCCCGCUCAGACGCCCGUGCCCGCCGUGAGCGUGGAGGCCGUCGUGCCAGCUGCGCCGGCCCCGCCCGCCGCGCCCGCCCCCAAGCCGGAAAUAUCCGAGCCGGUGCUCGUGCGGUCGUCGACGGCCGCGGCGCAGGAGGCGGUGGCAGGCGACCGCCGGAGCUUCCAGCAGACCGAGGGUGCACUGAACAAGCCGGAGAUCACUGAACCCGUCCUCAAGCCCACGACGUCAACGACCACAACGACAACCAGCUCGCCUGGCCCCGGUACGAAUGCCACCUCGGCGCCCUCCAAAUCCGAAACCUCUGAAGCGGAGGACACGACCGAUCCGGCCUCUGCUGCGUCCGAGAGCGGCACGGGCCGGGACCUCCGCGACAAGACGACGGCGCCGGAGUGGACGCCCGCCGUGGACCUCAACCCACCCCCUCUCGGAGGCACGCACAUCUGGCAGCACUGGCCGCCGUCCAAGCCCCCCGCGCCCUCCCCCCAGCAGGACAAGGAGAGCCGACGCGCCUACAACAACAGUCGCGCCUUCUCCUUCUUCGACGCCGACCCCUCGCACCAGCCGCCGCCGCCGCCCGCGGGCAACUGGAGCGAGCGGUCCAUCACGGUGCAGCUGCUGCCGCAGCGGCUGGUCGCGCUGCUGGAGCAGGCGGAGCGCUACGCCCGCCUCGCCUUCAUGCCCUUCGCGGCCGUCAACAGCUUCUUCACCGGGCGGGACAUCGAGGCCGGGUCGAGCUCCUCCGGCGCGCAGGCCGCGGGCUCCAAGGGCGCCCCCGCCGGCGGCCCCCAGCAGCGGAAGGCCAAGCACGUCUCCGGCGCGACCACCUCUGCUCCCGGGGCCGGCACCGGGGGCGGCUCCGGCAGCAGCGCCGCCCCGGCCUCCACGACGGCACCCCCCACGGGCGAGCCCACCCCGUACCUGGUGCCACUGUCCUACAGCCGCGCCGACAAGGACCCUAGCGCGCACGCGCAGCCGCACACACAGCGCUACAUCCCGCUCAGUAUGCCCAAGCGGCCGUAGGCAUGCCGUAGGGUGCGGGCGGAAUCCUUGCCCAAAAAUUUACAUGCACCGGUCUUCUGUGAUCAAAAAAUCCGAACCUGUUCCACUUCUGAGCAGUUAAGGAGGGGUGAUAUUUUUUCCAUGUGUAUAUUUGUGUAUGAUACUUGUAUAGAAAUAAUGUCCUGUAGAGUACUGUACAGCUACUGUAUAUUUUUUAUAAUCAGAAGUGAAAGAUUGGACACAAAAAAAAACAGCGGCUUGGUGAGGUGUUUUAGUUUACAUUUUAGAAAGCAAGCCACUUGUCAUGUUCAAGUGUGUGACAGGAAUGACUGAUUAUUUAUGUAGAUUUUCUAAUUCUAUGAAGGUUUUAAUUCUGAAGUCAUUUUUGUUCUUGAAAUGAAAAUAAUGCACACUAAAGAAAGAAUCUUGGUCAGUGUGAGUGCUGUGCAGGAGAAGUGAAGCCUAGGUACAAUAACUUCUUUUCAGCUCAUGGCAAAACUUCUCGAUAAUAUUGAAAGCCUUCACAGAAUGUAAAUCUGUAAGUAGAAUAUAAAAUUUGUAAAUAAUUUUGCUGCUAUUUAUUAAUAUGAACGAAAGUUAGGCCCACUGCUUUAAUAGAGAUGACAUCAGAUGUACUUUAUUUUCAUUCCCUGCAUGUUCUCGGGAACACAUAACUUUAGUACAAAAGUUUAAUAUUCUUCCUACUUGCAGUCUUACAUCAAUCAAUAAUUCGACCAAUGUUCCCUCCACCCUUCGAGAAAAAAAAAAGGACACAAAAAAUUAUGUACUUGUUGAAUUUUUAACUCAUUCAGUGUGAAAAAGCAAAUUGUAACAUCAUUUGUAUUUUCUUGCAAUGGGUAAGGGGAAUGAAAUAAACACUAAACAAAAUA